AUGGGCGCUUUCCCGAUCAGAGGAUUGGAUCUGAAUUCAUGGGAUGACGAGGAGGACCUCGUAGCUAUGAAGCCGAGGUUGCCGCCAGACUCAUUUUCGAAAUGGGUCAACGGAGUCCUAUUUCCAUUCAUCCACAGAUUCUGCGGCGAGAAGCUCAAAGUAAGCAUCAUCUUAAUGAUGACUCAAGCCAUGGCGCUCAGAAUUACACAGGAUCCGGAAGCUCCAGAGCUAGGUGAUGGAAUAUACACAUACCGAGAGUCUUUGGCGACUACUUUGGUAAAGAUUGUGACAACAGUGGUCGCCUCAUUAUUUCCCCUCCUUUCAAUCGUCGUGCUCUUCGUAAUUGAGUCCGACAGCUUGAAGAUGGGAGUCAUUGUGGCUUUUUCGGCAUUCUUCGCCCUUGCUCUUGCCUUGAUGACCAACGCUCGGCGAAUUGAGAUUUUUGCAGCAACAUCCGCGUAG